UAGAAUCAGGAAGUGACCAUUUGCAGUAGUUAUCUAAUGAGAAACGUUUAUGUACCCAGGCUGUUGCGUUGUAUCGACAAAAAGCUGAAAUAUUAUACAACAGUUACUGGAAAAUACAUUAUCCGUGUGCAGGAGGGAAGUUUGGGGUUGAAAUAUUUUUUGUGUAACUUUUUAAUCUCGUAAAGUAUCCGGAAGACGGUAAUUUGAACUUUAGGUAGGGUGAGUAGAAUGGAUGUUCCUCACCUGACAGAAGAUGAAAUGGCCGAUAUUAAGAAAGAGGUCCUGACGAGGCUGCGGCCGUACCUCUGUGACAAAAUCCGGGCAGACCGUCAUUUUGACUUCCUGCGCUCUCGUAAGAUCCUGACGCGGGACGACGCGGAGGAGAUCAGCUGUAGGACCACACAGAGCAAGAGGACGGGAAUGCUGCUGGAUUACCUGGCUGAGAACCCCCGGGGACUGGACGCCCUGGUUGAGUCCAUUCAGCAGGGACGUACUCUGAACUUCAUUAUCACCAAGAUCACUGACGAGGUGCAGAAAGUGAAGAACGAGAGGAUAGAGGCUCUCAGAGCAGGGGCAUCCAGCUCCACUUUGGGCUUCCUGCCGACCCAGGACUCCGGGGCCACCAAUGACCUCUCCAAGACGCUGUCACAUGAGUCCAACCUGGCAUCUACCAUGCUGUACCACGGAGAGGGAAGCUCAGCCACCUCUGACUCCCUGAAGUACCUCAACCUGCCUGCUGACUUGAGCCAAGGGAAGGAGGUGUCAUCAUCCACGGGAGGGGGUAGCAUGGCCGUGUCUUCAUCCCAGGCCUCGUCCACGCUGCCAAGGCCCGGAGACCCGGGGGCUCCGCCCUUGCCGGAGGAAGUUCUGCUGCUGCCCGACGCCUCAUCCAACUUGGACGCUGGAUCACACAGGAGCACCACAAUCAGUGGAGGGGAUGCCAACUUCCAGCCCCUGAGGUCACGCUCUAUUACCCCCACUAUCAUGUCAUACAGGGACCUCUCGUCUCUGCCCCCACCAAAAUCAUACUAAGACCCGACUCGCUCCUUGCUGUGAACUCCCACCAUCAUUAUUCAACACAAUCACUCUUAAUACAUACUGUAUUUGUAGCGGUGUAUGUAAUUAUCACACUGGUUUUAUUUCAGUGAUAUUUUAAUGAAAUUACAAUACGCAGAGUAUGUACCGUGCCUUCAAUUAUACCCUGGACAUCAGAAAGUUGGACAAACCUUUUUUUGUUUUAGCAUGAAAUAAGUACCUGCAUACUAACGAUGUGUCGAACUUAACCUCUUAUCACUGUUCCUAUACAGAGCUCUUUCAGAAGUUGGCCUGUAUGGAGAGAGGAAUUGAGACAUUGGUACACUAUUCUGAUCUAAGGUUGUAGGUCAUCAUUUGUAUAAACACUGCUACUUUCUUACAAACUUUAUGGAUGUGUGAGUGGGUGGUUUCAGCAUGGAGCACCAUGGCAGCUAUGGUAACAGUGUGCCCUUAUUAGGUGCCCAGAUCAUCAGAAGAUGAUUUCUCUGCAUUACAACCAAACACUGGAAUGAAUGGUUCACUCUGUAUUUACAAACACAAUAUGUAUUCCAAUUGUGUUAAGUAAGUGUUUUAGGUUUAGACUAGACUAUUGUUAUUCUAUAGAUACACUGUUGUUUUAUGAAAGGCCAUAUGUGGCUGCAUUUACUGGGGCAGACAAAUUCUGACUCAGAUUUUAUCAGCUUUGCAAAAAAUCUGAUGGGAUUGGUCAAUAGAACGAUUACUGGAUAAAAGUUCAGAAUAUGUCUGCCUGUCUUAAAGCUGCCAAUGUGUUUAAUGUUCAAUUGCUGAUAUAUUUAUUAUUAUCAUUUGCAUGCACAAGCCAUACUGUAGUCACCAGACACAACAAAAUAACUUUUUCAAAAAGUUGCUGGAAUAAAUUACACAACCAUCUCGUCUCUCAGGUCUAAAAAGGCAUGACAAUGCAAAAACUAUUAUUUCCACCAUUAAGAUAGAUACAUGUAGAUCACUCAAAAUGUUUACUUCCCGCUACACCGUUUCAUCCUCAUUCCAGUAUGUGUAGCCACAUAGCCAUGUUUUGUGGUGAGUCUGACCACUGCAGUUAAAUGGCUUUUGCAUGAAACUAGAGGGCCAAAUAAAUCUCAGGAAUAGAACUAUGACCAAAACAACUGUCUAGAUUAUGCUUCAACACUGAAAGUGGAAAGGUUUAACAUGCUAUAAACCAAAACAUCCCUACAAUAUUGAAAAGAAAGUAAUUCCAUACAUUUACAAAUCCAGAUUUUUAGAAAUCUUAGAUCAUUUAUGUACCAGAUUUUGGCCUUAUAAAUCAAAGGAAUAUAAGACACUGCAGACUUAAAAAAAAAACCAACAUAAUUUAAGAUCUGAUGGCUACCAGGAGGACAUUCUAUUUUAAUCAUUUUUUUUACUCUUUAUGUUUUAAUAAUCCUGAGACAUUAAGCUUGUAUGUUACAUGCAAAAAGGUUGCUCAAUCAAACCUCUAAAGUCGUUAAUUAUUGAAGAUGUAGCCCAGUGUUGCGCAUCGUCUGACACCAGUGUUCAUGGAUGUUGAUAUUUAGUCUCUCCACCAUGAAUCUGAACCAUUGGGAUCGUGUCCAGAACAAAUCUGAACCAAUCACAGAUGCCUAUCUUUCAUGUUUUGAUUGCACAGUACAGCAAAGCACAACUGAGUACAGUAAAUAAGCCAUAGUUCAGCAGAGUAAAAUACAGAAGAACACCGUAAAGUAAAAUUAUCUCUUGUGUACUCAACUGUAAACUUUACUGUACAGAGCUAAACUCAACUGUAUUGUGCUGUACAAACUUCUGAGAUGGACAUCUGGUCCGAACUGAUCGAAUGUCAUCUUGUUUGUUGGUGCAGCUUAUUACAGUGAUAACCACCUUGCUUUGCAAGUCCUACAUUUUACAUUUUGGUCUUUUCGCACUGGCUAUUUCAAACAACUUAUAGUCUGUGUGUUGAACUAAGAAAAUAGUUCAGUCAAUUUCAGACAUGAAUUGAUGUGUAACAGUUAUUGGGAAUGUUACAACUGAACCAUGUUUAGAUGAUUAUAGCUAGUUAUAAAGCUUUUGGAAAAUAAAUAUAUUUCAAGCUUCAGUUUUAGUUUACGAGACACUUUUACAAUUGUAGAUGUUAUCGGCUGUCAUUGUAAUUUAAUCUAUUGUUAGUGUAAGUGUGUUAUCCCUAUGCAGCCAAAGGGAGCAGAAAAAGGUGAGAGUGACAAGUUGUUAAAUCCAAUCAAAUCUCAGAUGAGAAUCAAUGGAAUGACUACUCUUUAAACUUUAAACUGGGGAAAGUCUGGGUGACUUUUAGUUUCAGUUUCCUAGCUCAUAAAUGUGAAAAUGUUAAAUCCUUUGACUGAACAUCAGUUGCAAUGGCACAUUGUUAACUCCUUUCAACCAUUGCAUUUUCAUCCCUUGACACCAGCAAUCAACAAAAUAUGUGGCUAAUCAAACAGUAUCUUAGCAUUGUAUUUGCGACAAAUCAUUAGCUAAGUUAAGAACCAAAUCUAAAUCUAUUUUUGAAUAUUGUGGUAAUUAUAAAGGUUAAGAAGAAUAAACUGCUUGGUGUACCCUACCCUA